AUGAAGAAUCAAGUCCUCGCUGUCUAUAAAAGCCUGCUCAAAGCUCAACGGAGUGCAUUCAAUGGAGACAUAAAGGGACUAAUAGCUGCGAAACAUUACACCAGACAAAAAUUCAUGGAGCACAAGCACGAGGCAAACACGACAACUUUGGAAUCUCUGAUAAACACUGCCCGUCAGGCUGAACUGAUUGUGAGACAGAAUGUCGUCCAGGGUGUCAAAAAGGACAAGGAAGAUGUUUUUGGUAAGUGCUGGCUAGUGGCGGUGUUAUUGGAAUGGAUUCGUGUAUAUGUAGUGUGGGAAGAAGAUGCUGCGCCAUUGUGCUGA